AUUAAAUUCACGGCCUUUUCUUAUCAAUCCAAAACCUGGGGAAGCAGCAGCACCAGUUAUUCAAGCUGCUUCGAGGAAGAACACGUACAUAGUAGUAAUUGAAGCACCCUUUUUUCAAUAGCGUCCCAUCUCAGAAUGGCUUUGGCUCAAGUCUCCAAUUGUCUUUACACUUCCGUUAGAGAUGUUUGUGUCUCAAACCCAGUAAGGAUUUCAUCUGCUGCUCGAAUUCCUAUCAGUGGUGUUGCUAAAUUUGGAACCACCUUCGCUUCCGGCUCUCCUCUUCCAGUUCAGAGAUCUUCUUAUUCAACAAAAGCUGCAAGCAAAGCUACUUCAGUGUCAAUAAAAUGUGAGCAGGGUGCCAAAGGGGGCAACAGCGUUGAUGUGUGGCUUGGUCGAUUUGCAAUGGUUGGCUUUGCAGCGGCUAUUAGUGUUGAAAUAGGAACAGGCAAAGGACUUCUGGAGAAUUUUGGUCUGACAGCUCCCCUGCCAACGGUGGCAUUGGCAGUUACAGCAUUAGUGGGUGUUCUUACAGCAGUUUUUAUCUUCCAAUCUGCCUCCAAGAGUUAAAAAAAGUUUUGUGUACCUGCAGCUCAAUUGUAAUAUGAGAACACAAUCUGCUGAUAUACACGUUGUCCUAUUCUUACUCCCACAAGGUUCAUCUGAAUUACUUUUUGAACUA